CAAGAAAGUUCAGUUCUUUCCGAGAUCUCGCUGCGUUCGUACCAAAAGAAAAUAAAGAAAGAGAGAGCAAGACAGAGCGAGUGCGCGCACCGUGCAAAAACAUUGCCUGCCUGCCCAGUGAUCCACAAUAACAAUAUCAAUAGCGGAGGAUCGGAUCGGAUCGGAUCGGUUAAAUAGUCGGGCCAAAAACAAAACACUUGUGCAUUAAUCGUAUCUCGUUCUCAAUCUGUAUCUGUAUCUCGUUAUUGUUCCUUGUGAUGAAAAGUUCGUGCAAAUCGUGAAUCAAGAACAUUCAGACAGCGCAGAGCAGAGGCUGGGGGAGGAAGAGCCGAGUGUUGUGCGUGGUGAUAUAUUAUAUUGAUUUCGCAUCGACACCAAACAUUCGGCUGAAUCAUCGGCUAUAUUGAGAGCCAAGCAACAGCGAUCCAUUCACGUCCAUUUAGAACAAUCACGCUUCAGUUGACCCCUCCACGCAGGGCUCACUUCCUGAUCCACAGCGUGUGUUACAGCUAGGAGACGAAAUGACCAAGGAUCAGCUGGCCACGCCCAUACCCGAGGAGCUGUACAACCUAACUCAGCUGGCGAAUGUGACACUGGCGGCCGGACCGCUCAGCACAGCAGCCAAAGGCAGCAACAUGGCCAGCAACAGCAACGUCUUCUAUGCCUCAUCGGAUGAUGACUCCACCUACAACUCAUACAGCCACAAGGUGUUCGAUCGCAGGAAACUGCGUCGUUCCACCAUCUCCGAUUCAAACUCCUGCGCCAGCAUCACUAGCAGCAGCAGCAGCCAGUCCAGCGAGCAAUCAGCCAACCAAGCUGCCAUCGGCAGUGGCAGCAGCAGCAGCGGCAGCUUGCUUGAGGAUGAGCACAUAUGCCCCGAGUGUGGUAAGAAAUAUUCCACGUCCUCGAAUCUCGCACGCCAUAGACAAACACACAGGUCAAUCAUGGACAAGAAGGCGCGCCAUUGUCCAUUCUGCGAGAAGGUUUAUGUCUCGAUGCCCGCCUUCUCGAUGCACGUGCGCACCCACAACCAGGGCUGCGAGUGUCAGUAUUGCGGCAAGUGCUUCUCGCGGCCCUGGCUGCUCCAAGGCCACAUACGCACCCACACGGGCGAGAAGCCCUUCAAGUGCAGCGUCUGCAGCAAAGCUUUUGCGGACAAAUCCAAUUUGCGCGCUCACAUCCAAACCCAUUCGAACACCAAGCCACAUACGUGCGCCCGCUGUGGUAAGGCUUUUGCUCUGAAGUCCUAUCUGUACAAGCACGAGGAAUCGUCCUGCAUGAAGAAUCGCAGCGAGACGCCAGCCCGUGCCGCCCAGGUGUUGCCACUGCCGAAGCAGCAGUCGGAGCACCCGGAGACAGGUGGAGCAGCAGCUACUGCGGCUGUUGCUCUACCCGAUUCGGCAAAGUCCACGCUGGCGCACAAGUUGCUGCAGAAGGAAAAGGAUCGUCGACAGGCUCAAGCCCAGGCACAAGCACUAGCCUAUGGUUAUCCCGGUCGCCUGGAGCACUACGAGAGCUACAAGCGCAAUGGCUUGCUGCAGCCCACAAUACUACAGCAUCCGGGUGCAAUGUACCAGGAGCAAUUGCUGCCACUGCCGCUGCCUUUAGCGCUGCCCUAUCAUCAUCAUCAGGGCUAUGCCCAUCAGGCAGCAGCUGGCGAGGAUGCGAGCAGAAAACGAGAGCAGGAGCAGGAGCAGGAACAGGAGCAGCCCGUUGACUUUUCGCCCAAGAACAAUUUCACGCAUUCGGCUAAGACGAGUCCCUUCGAGCUGACCGGCAACUAUGCAAUGGUCGCUUAGCCACGCCCACCACCACAACAACAGCCCAGCAGCUGACUGUUAAAAGACAAACGAGAGAGAGAUUUACAAUGUUGAGAUGACCAAAAAACCAAAAAAACCAAAAACUAAAAUCUUAACCAAAAACUUAACCAAAACAAAAAAAAACCCAUUUUGCAUUCGAUUUUCUAGGAGCUUAUUGUAGUAAACAAAUAUGUGAUAAAUAUGAAAAAAGAGCUAAAGUACCGUUAGAGAGUAGACGAUUCCAAUCAAUCAAAAAACAACACCAACACACACACACACACAUACACAGACAGAGAGACAGAAACUCAAUCGAUCUACGCCUAGUUGUAACGAGGAUUUAGAGACUUGCGAAAAACAUGUAACCAGUAUUUUUUCUUUUAGCACUAAACCACAUUAUAUAUACAUAC